GGAGGAGGAAGAGGAGGAGGAGGACUGGCGAGCAGGCGCGGCUCCCAGCUAGCCCGCCGGCCGCCCCCCGGCUCCGCUCGCGUCGCGCACACACACAGACACACAAGCGCGCGCGCACACACGCGCACAUACAUACGCACACACACGUAGAUACACACACAGAGGCACACACACACGCAACCCAGCCCACAGUGGUCUUCGCUCGGUCCUCCUGACAGCAGCCUGCACCAUGUCGGAAAUCCUCCCCUACAGCGAGGACAAGAUGGGCCGCUUCGGCGCCGACCCGGAGGGUUCGGAUCUCUCCUUCAGCUGCCGCCUUCAGGAUACCAACUCCUUCUUUGCGGGCAACCAAGCCAAACGGCCCCCUAAGCUGGGCCAGAUCGGCCGGGCCAAGAGAGUGGUGAUCGAGGAUGACCGGAUAGAUGACGUGCUGAAGGGAAUGGGGGAGAAGCCGCCGUCGGGAGUGUAGACGCGCCGGCUUGGUCCGCGGGCUCCCGUUCCCGCCUCGGAGCGGCCCGGAGCGCAGGACGGCGAUGAAGCUGCCGGCGCCCCCGGCCCGGGCUCCCGGGCCGGCCUCAGUCCCAGCGGGCCGGGGCCUCGGGACCCAGCGGCUCCGCCCGGGCCGCCGCCGCUGCUCGCUGCUCCGGAGCUGUCCGCUUCAGCACCAAGGCGGCGGCGCGGCCCGGUCAGGAGCCCCGUAGCGCCCGGCCCCGGCCCGCCCCGCUCAUGCACUUUAGGACUCGGGCCGUGGCCCCACCCCGCACACGGACACGGACACAGAAACGCGUGGCGCCGGUGCCACGGACAUGUCAUUGUCGCUGCUCAUCCCCCGCGCCCUGUCCCGCACGGCCCCUCCCCUCCAGCCGGUUUGCAGGCUAGGCAGCGAGCUGGACGCGGGUCCCUCCGGGCCGCCCUCCCCAGGGACGUUUGGCUGCAUCUUGCAUGCAUGAGCUUCCCCUCCGGAGCCCAGCCGGGGGGUCAUCAUCCCCAGCCCGACCUGUGCCCCCUCCCUGCGUCUGGCGGGUCCCCCUCGCAGCCUCUUUCUAAGGUGUCUGCCUUAGCACAUUUGUAUUUUUAUAUCCGACUCUUUGUUUACUGGAUCUCCUCCCAGAAUCCCGCGGUCUGGGCCCCGGAUAGUCCGCGCCUGGCGGAUGGUCCGGGCCUUUAGGCCAUGACCUCGGAGCCCUUCCCUUGUCCCCACAAGGCCAGUCUGUCCAGAUCCUCUAGAUGAGUUCUGGAGCCCCGCCCCCGCCCGGGACAGCCUCGGGAGGGUCCCCGUCGUUUCCCACCUUGGACCCCCUUCCUCCCGUCCCCGGGGGAUGCACUGCCUCUGGGAUGAUGCCAAAAGGGCCCCGGGGUCACCACUGUAAAUGUCUCCCUCCCCCCAUCUUCACUGUACCAGGAGUUCGUGAAUAAACACAGACCUGUGCAAA